AGAAACUGUAACUAAGGUAAUGAUUGUUGGAUCAAUGUCUUUUAAUUUGUGAAACUGUCAGCCAGUUAAGAUAAAAAAAAUGUUUUGGGGUUCUACUCCAGCUUUAGACUUAUUAGAAGAAUAUGUCACCAUAAAAAAAGAUGUGCCCGAAACCAUUAACAUCCUUAUUGUGGGUAGUACAGAUUGUAGACAUAUCCUCAAAACAGAAGCCCGUAAGUACAGACAUAAGGUGGUGAAAGUAAAUUUCUUCGUUGUAGAAGCAUGUGUGGAAAUGAUCGCUAGACAACUAUUGUUACUCAAUAUUGCAUUACAGCCACAAGAAAGUUUAGGUCUGGACCAGAAAACCAAAAUUUUUAUGGAACUUUACGGGAAUUCCUUAAUUAGACCAGCAGUUGCAAAAUGUUUAAACAUAACGGCAGCCUCCUUAAUCAAUAUGGUUACAGAUUAUUCUUAUUUAGAAAAAAUGAUGAAUUUUGUUAAAUUGGAAAUUAAAUAUAAGGAAAGGGAUUAUUUAGAAAAUUUGUUAAAAUUCUGGUGUGCUAAGGACGAUUUUGAUAUCUGCAACAUCUGGGAUAAAAGAGUUAGGAAAAAUUUGGGUGUCAGAUACGACUCUAAAGUAGGCGCGUUUGAUUGGGAUCUAAAUAUGAGACUUCACGACGUCGGCGCCAAACAAAUAUGUAGUCAGGAAUAUCGCAAUUUCAGAUCCAAGGGUGUGUCAUUUAGUUGGCUGGAAUCUGAAGUUUCACGGCCUAACAGAACAUUAGUUUGCGCAAUUAUGCCGAAUGGUACUUAUUUUGUCCACUAUGGGUAUUUGGGCGAUAUUCUGAACGGACCUUUUGUAAAUUUUGGAUUGGAAUGUGAAGAUAAAAGUCUUUUGAAAUCUGUGCACGGUCAAAACUAUUUUAGAGCUACAGAUGUGACUGAAAGGAAUUUGAAACAAAUUUUUUAUGAAAUUCAAAACCAAGAGCCUUAUAAUUUGAGGAAAACGAGUGAAACACAGAUGGGUAAUAUCGUUAUGAAAGAAGAUAAUUUGGUUGUGGAUACAAGAGGACUCGAAUUUGUUCCAAGACCUACUAAAAAAUGUAUUGAUAUCGAUGAUAAUAUAACAAUAUUUUCCUCGUCUAUUUUGGAAAUAAUGCGUUAUAAAGACAAAUACCACGACAAGUUUGAUAUGAUAUAUUUUGGAAAUGCAUAUUUACACUUUUUUGACAAAGAAAUAAUUAGUAAAAUCUCUAAACCUGGCUCAGUGUUGUAUAUAGAGCAUCAAUUGUUUUUGGUGACCAAUCGAAAGAAAGAGUUGGAGGAAUUUAAAGAUAAGAUUGAAGAAACUAUGAAAGGAUUAGAUUUUGAUCGACUAGAAUUUAAUUUUGAGAAAGAGGCUUAUGCUAAGUUUAUUUUAAAAUAAAAUAUUUAAAUAAUGAUAGUUUGUCAGU